AGAGAGCAAAGGGGGAGAGUUAACGGAGGAGGAUGAUGAUGCUGAUGAAGAGUGGUGGUGGCACCGCCAUGGCCGUCCCUUUCAGGCCGCCAGUGUUCUCCGCCAUGGCUUCCAAUAUCAACUCAGAAAAUCUACGUGUCCAACUGGGUCAGCUUCAUUCUGAGGCUGAGACCACCAAAGACAAAGCUAAUAAUGCAAGGUUGAGGCUUCUGCGGCUGUCCGAGGCGGCUGAGAAGCUUAGACGGCAAGCAGCGAUCAAUGUCCGGACCGGGAGGGAAGACGAAGCUAGGGAAAUGCUCUUUCAGAAGAAGAAAGUCAUGCAGGCAUUGGAGAAGUCAAAGAAACGCAUUGAAAUGCUUGAUGAGCUUUCGGCGAAGCUUAAUGAGGCAAUUACUGUAAAAGAGAGGCAGCUAAUUGGAAAUGUUGCUUUGGAUCUUGAAGUUGUCAGACAAGAUGCUUACAGUCCAGUUCGAAUUGUAUCCCCAACACCUGAAGAGGCACAAGAAUUGGAUGAGGUCAAAGAACUUGGCCUCAAGGGCCCAGAACUUACUGAUGACCAAGGGAACUUGCUCCCUACGGAGAAUCAAGCAAGCUUACCAGUUGAGCCAAUAGGAGAUGAGGUUCCAAAACCUUUAAAAAGUGGAGUGUUGAAUGAAGAUGACAACAUUAGUAGUUUGCAGGGAAUAACCUCUUUUGAGAAUUUCUUGGAGCAUCUGGAUAAUAAACUUAAUAAAAUUGAAGCAGAACUCAGCACUGUAUUAAGGUUCUCAACCCUGGUGGUAGACAACCACGAGAAGGCAAAAAAUUUCAAGGUGCAACAGAUAAUGGAACUUAUUGAGAGUGUAGGUGGCAUUAGACAGAGAAUUUCAAGUAUCAAGCAGGCAAAUGUCGAGGUCAUAUAAAGUUUCAGACUUUCAGGUCAUUCAUUCUCAAUCAUCUGGUAAGAAUUGUGUUUUCAUAAGAGUUGUGGAAACGGGUACUAAUGAAUAGAUAUGUCGCACCUGCAUAGUUCAAAUAGUACAUGAUUUUUCAGUCCCUAGUGUUUGGAUCAUACUUCUUAGAACCCUAUUGAAAGUUACUGCAUGAAAACUUGUGAGGAAAGUGUCUGUAUGCCAUCUGCUUCUAUGCUCCAUAUGCCUCCAUUUCAGCGUUGGGUACUGCAGGCUGAGGAUGUGCAAUUGCCCUCCUAUAUUGCUGAAAUUUUUAGGCCUUCACAAGCUCUAAAUCUUAAACUGAUAACUGAUGGUAUGAUUGUGAAAUUCUUUUUAGCUUAUUGGCUUCUCCAAAUAUUAGAUAGGAAAAUCUCAGAUAUGGCAGGUUUAAAAACAAAUCUAGUAUCAACAACCCACCUAAGCACCUCAUUUCUUUUUGCAUUCAUAUUAUUUAAGGGAAACAUCUGAAGGUUUGGCCCUACUAAUGAAAGCAACAAGAUUUUAUUUCUGAGGCCACUUAUGCUUGUAAAUCUAUAAUAUUUCUUUAUUGUUCAAGUCUGUGCUCUUGAAUUCGCAGACUUCCUGAAUUAAUGAUAUGUAUUGAAUAUAGGCAGUAAACAUGUUGCUAUAGUAAAUAAAAGUCAU